AUGUCACAGAAGCUCACGGCUCGGCCUCGAUUACGACGAGGAAGAAAAGCGUUCGGAAAUUUAUACAACGGCCUGGUGGUCAGAGGAGAGCACCCAGAGGAGAGAGGACCCAGAGGAGAGCUCCACAGGAGAGGACCCACAGGAGAGGACAGGAGAGAGCACCCAGAGGAGAGCACCCCACAGGAGAGAGCACCCACAGGAGAAAGCACCCCGAAGGAGAGAGCACCCAGAGGAGAGGGCCCAGAGGAGAGCACCAACAGGAGAGGACCCACAGGAGAGGACAGGAGAGAGCACCCAGAGGAGCGCACCCCACAGGAGAGAGCACCCAGAGGAGAGAGCACCCAGAGGAGAGAGCACCCACAGGAGAGAGCACCCACAGGAGAGAAGACCCACAGGAGAGAGGAGCUACAGAAGAGAGCACCCACAGAAGAGCACAGGAGAGAGCACCCACAGGAGAGCACCCACAUGAGAGAGCACCCACAGGAGAGCAACCACAGGAAAGCACCCACAGGAGAGAGCACCCACAGGAGAGCACCCACAGGAAGUGCUUUGUGA